CUGUGUUCGAACCAAAACAUCUAUCUGAUGACCUGUGAUACAGUGAUUAAAACAAUUCAAAAACGAAGAUUCGACAUGCUGUUAAAUAUGCACGAAUGUCGUUCUGCAGACGUUUAUGCAUAAAGGAAAGGAAGAACAAGGAAAAUGAAACCAACACACCAAGUUUUAGUAGGUUGUGGAGUGGUUGUCUUUGCUGUGGGUUACUACUAUCAGCUGAUUGGAACAGUCCUUUCUCUGCUGGUACAGAUUGUUAUUGCUGGAUUGGCAGUGUACCUAGGGGUGUCAUGGUCUCUAGUUCAAGGCAAAAUGUACAAACCAGCAGCUCAGCCAAGGGAAUCAAAGAUGGCACAAGAACUCAUAAAACAAAUGGAAAAGCGUUAUGAGAAAAAGUCUGAUAUGAAAAAGGUUGUGAUUACCAGAAAUGUAGAUAGUGCCCUACAGGAAGUCUUGGAUCUCACCAUCAGGGACCAUAUCUUGUCAUGGUACUCGGACCUCUCCAAGGACCAAGAGGCAUUUCUGAGUUCCCUCAGAUGUGACAUGUGGCAUAUGAUUGAUGCUCUGACAAACCGUUUAAGAAGGAUAGACAAAAUGAGGUUAAUUUCAAAGGAUGUGGUGCUGAUUAUACACAAACAUUUCCAGGAGGUCAGAGAAUACAGGAGAAGGGAAGAUGACAAAAUAGCCAAAAAAUUCAUUCUGCAGCCUUGGCUGGAGAACAGUGAGACAGAGACCGAGUUUCUGAGGAAGGUUUGUGAGACACUGUUGAUAGCUCUUCUACCUAAGGAGUAUGCUAAUUGCCACACGCUGAGGCGGCUACUCAGGGAGAUCCUCACCUCGGCAGUUUUGAAGCCAUCAGUAGAUAUGUUGUGUGACCCUGACUACAUCAAUCAAAAGCUGAUAAACUACAUAGACUAUAGACGUCAGCUGUCAGAGGACACACGUAAGAAGUACACAUAUGCAGCCACCUACGAACAGUUUGUAAAACUCAUAGACAAGUGUGAAGACCUUGAGGCCUUGAAGCAAAUCAGAUACAAUAUCAUGACAGAAAUCAUCCAUGCUACAACCAUUCAGAACCUCAAGCAAGAGCAGAACAUUCCAGAUAAACCUUUAAAACCCGGUGAAAAGGGACCAUCCCGAGGUAUGGGCAAAGGAGACUUACUAAAAGCAAGGAAUCUGAAAAGAUAUAUCAAUCAGCUUACUAUUGCAAAAGUGCACAGUGAAAAGAGAAUCCAUUCUCUUGGUGGAAUAGAUUACAAAAGCUAUGAAACAACAGAAGACUCUGACAAAUCAGGGGCUCCAAGUACCAAGAUCCUCUCCUUUGAGGAAGUGAUGGAGUCAGCUGAUGCCAGGAUGGAGUUUUACAAGUUUUUAGAAAAAGAUGACAACCAGUCUUUACUAGGGUAUUGCACAGAUGUUGAAAGAAUCCAAAAUGCAGAGAAGAGGAAACAAUACCAGUUAGGGAAGGAGAUCUUUGACAAGUAUAUUGCCAGUAGUACAAGUGCAGUCAAGUUGGAGAGAGGAAUUGUGAGGGAGAUGGAGUCUUUCCUGCUAGGUAACUCUGCGGGUCCUGAAGCCUUUGAGAUGGGACAGAGGGCAGUUUUGGAUCUUUUGAAGAAACAGUAUUAUCCCUCAUUCCUUGUCAGUGAUACUUACCAGAAGUAUAUACAAUCCUUAGAACUGGAAAAUCCCUCAGCAUCCUCAGAUCAAAGGAGAGAGGGGCCGUUUUUCCAGCCUGACAGUGAUGAUGAAGAGGAAUACAUGGACUUUAACUGUGAUGACAGUGUUAUCUUUAAGGACCAAUCUUACUUCGCUGAUCAGAAGAUGGAAACACUGGAUGAAAAAAUUCAGAACAAGACACAUGCCCUCAAAGCCAUCAGGGAUUCCCGUACAGUGGAUGACUCAAAAGCACAGAAGAUAGAGAGAGACCUGGAGAGGGAAUUGGAUGUAUUGGUUCAGCAGAGAAGGAAUUUAGAGAUCCACAUCUUGAGAACACAGAACUGGUGUGAGAACCAGGGGUCAUGGAGGGUGGCAGUGUAUGAAGCGGAGAUUCAAGAGGUAGAGGACAAGAGAAUACCUACAUUUGUUUUAAUUGUGCACCUCGCAGGGAAGGAAAAGUCCCAUAAUCUUCAGCAAAGCACGGAGGGCUGGCUGGUCACCAGAACUAUCCCAGAAUUCAACAGACUGCACGAGCAACUCAUUGAGAUUGACCCAUUACUAAAAAAGAAAGAAAUGCCGUCUGUGAGAAGAUUCACCACUUUGGAUGAGAAAUUCCUGGAUGACUGUAAAAGAAUGCUAAAUGACUAUCUUACUAUCAUCAUGGAGGAUGCAAUUUUGGCUCAGUGUGAAGCCUUGUAUGGAUUCCUUACCCCUAAUCCAGAGUUUUUCCUUCAAAGAAAACAGGAGAAGAAGAAAGAGUUCUUUUUAACAUCCAUAAUCAAAAGCAUCGGCCAGAUCAAGCAAGAGAAUGUUGAUGAACUGAAACUGGUUGAGGAGGAGGAUGAUGGUUCUAAGCUGGACCGGAAAGACUCGACUGCAGAACCAUUUUACAGACUGGUGGAUGAGGUGUUUGAGUGUCAUGGUAUGUUUAAGUGGCUCCGGCGCAGCUUCAUCAUGUUCGUGGAAGUCACAUUCGGAAGAUCAAUAAAUAGACAGCUUCGUGAGACAGUGGACUGGGUAUUUUCUGAGAGUAUGAUUAUAUACUACAUCUCCCUCUUUAAAAACUCCAUGUGGCCCAACGGCAAGCUGGCAGAGUCACCUCCCCCGAAGACUGACAAUCAGAAACUACAGACAAGGCUAGAGGCCAAGGAAAAAUUCCUGAAUAAUAUGCCAGAUGCAGUGAGAACACUUCUAGGAGAGGAAAACGGACGGAGAGGAGCUAUUAAAAUGUUUGAAGUUUUACAAGACACGAGACUUAACAAACAUCUGUUCUAUAACCUACUGGAGGUUUUCAUGUUAGAAAUUUGCCCAGAGCUGAGAGAGAAUCCUGAUUCUGUUGUGAAAGAGAGCUGCUAGUGCAAGAAAUGGAGUCCAACUGAUUCUGGUGUAAAGUUUUAUGAUUCUUUUUUUUUUUAUCUAAAGAAGAAAAGUUGAAUAAUUACUUCCUUGAAUGUCCAUCUCAACAUCGUACUAAAAUGUUUGACCAAAGUCAAAACAGGCUUCACAAUUGCUAUAUUUUGGGAUUGUGCAAUAACUGUGGAAAUGUAUGAAUAAAUAAGAUGAAUAUAUAUAUAUGUGCAAUAUUUACUUUGAGUUAAUCAAUAAAAUGUAUCUGACUAUUAA